AUGUCACUUUCUGAUUGUACAUAUAUCUAUAUCAAUCUGCAUCACCGUCGACGCCGUUGUAUUUGGGUUGUUUUCUUGUUGAUCGGAGGCAUCGUUGCUUUUUGUUUCUUAGAAGUUAUCUCGGGAUCAGAUGAAGGAAAACGCAGGAACCCUCUCCAUCUCACGUCACUGAACCAUGUGUCUCUCUUGUGCCGAUCCAUUGGAGAAUCUAUGAACUUUUACCAAAAUGUGUUAGGGUUCUUUCCUAUUCGAAGACCUGAAUCUUUAAAUUUUGAAGGCGCUUGGUUAUUUGGACAUGGAAUUGGAAUACACCUCUUGCGUGCCCUAGAACGUGAGAAACUUCCAAAGAAAAAUGAAAUUAACCCCAAAGAUAAUCAUAUCUCUUUCCAGUGCGAAAGUAUGGGAGCAGUGGAGAAGAAGCUUGAGGAAAUGGAGAUAGACUAUGUGAGGUCUAAAGUGGAAGAAGGAGAGAUCCAAGUGGACCAGCUCUUCUUCCACGACCCUGAUGGUUUCAUGAUCGAGAUCUGCAACUGUGACAGCCUCCCCAUUGUCCCCCUCGUAGGAGGCAUGGUUCGUUCUUGCUCAAGAGUCAAACUCCAUCAGCUGGUGCAGCCACAGCCCCAAACUCAGAUCAACCAAGUGGUCCACCCGUAACGAUCUCUGUCUUUGUUGUCAUCCUGUGUGUAUGUAUUGUCUACUUGAUAUUGAAUGUAAUGAAUAAGAGACCGACGUGAAUCAGUGGAAUGUGAA